ACGUGCUGUACUUGUCUUUCCCCGUUUUCACUGCUUUGUUGAAAUCUUGUUGGAUAUUUUUGAAGCUUGUGUACAUGUACAUCACUGUAGCAUGGUCUUCUUGCAGGUUCUCGUGCACAGGUUUCUUUGCAUUCCUUUCAGCUGAAGCCCAGGCCAAACUGAAGUUUCUGUUGAAGUGCCACUCGAACACGCCAAACAGGUCGAUCACAGAGGCUGUUUCACGUCGGCAACCAUCAUACAUGUCAUCAAUGGAAUCUGUUGCCAUAUCCAGAGGUAAACCAACACUCUUAGGUUUCUGCAGGGGCAGAUGAGAAACAGCUACAGUGAGCAAAAUCAACAAAUAACACACGGUUUGGAAUAUUCAGUGUUGAUUGGAUAUUGUCAGUGUUGCUAAAAUGCAUGUUUUUGGUGCAUGUGAAAGAAAGAAGUGUUAUCCCACCUCAGCAGGUCUCUGAGGCCACCAGAGUAGUAGAAAUGGGUCAUGAUACAACAGGAGCGCCACCGUCAACAACACACCAAGGGCUGCCCAGUUUCUGACUGACUUCAGCUGACACGCCAGUCCUUUGCCAAACUUCAUAUCUUACUAACAAGAAAGAUACCUCUUUAAACAAAAAAUGGCUCUAAAAAGCAAGAAAUGUAUGAUAUAAGCGAUAAUCAGGUGACACACAAUAUUUCCUGAAUUCGCUAACGUAUGAAAUUUGGCUUACCUUUCCCCUGCCAGGUGCUUUCAACAGCAGCAUGAUAUUCCUCUGAGGGAAGAGGUGCAAUGGUGUUGCUGUCCUGCAAGGAAAUCACAGCUCACAGGAUUUACAGGAACAACCACACAAACAUUCUUCUACACUUUGCCCAAAGGCAUCACAGCUAAUAAGGACUCUAUCUUGAACUGUUUAAAUAGUGUUUCAUGAGACGCCACUUGUGUGUGUGAAUGCAGUUCUCGCUGUCAUUUCAGGGCUUGCAUUGCCAGACGGGAGGUUCAACAUGUGGUAACACUUGCAAAUCCAGUUUGGCAGCUUGCGCGGGCAAACACAAACAAGGGCAAGUCACUUAGGUGCGUAACACCAAAAGCACUGAGUAAAACAGAAGACAUUUUUCACUCUGGAUAUGCAAUGAGACAAAACUUCUCCAAAGUGCUGUUCAUAAUGUGAUGCACUAUGCCUUCACGGAAGAGAAAAACUGUAACUGCGUGUGCCGUCACUUCUCUUGUUCUACUGGUGGGACUGCUGGUGUGUGCUGUCAUAUAUGUGGCACUCAGCUGGCAGGAUAUUGUUGGAGAGGAUCUGCCUUAUGAACUGAAUGAUGACACUGAUGAAGACUGCACAUCCAAAGCUACGGUUGUGCCUGAUGAAGCCAUAAUGCAGAUGUGGGACUCCAGCACAAACUUCAGUCAAGCCUGGAGGAACGCAGAGCAAAAAGCGAGAGAGCCUUCACAUGACUACAUAAAGAAACAUCAUUCAAUUGUUAUAUACAUGUACACUAAUAUGAUACUGCAGCAUGUCCAGCCGGACCCCGACACUGCAGAGAGUGCUAGAAUACAGCCAAAGGAGACAUUUGAGUCCCGCUCCCUUUAUUUCUCCCUGAGUGAAGCCAUUCAGAUUCUGAAGCACAGUCAGGUGACAUGUCUCACCACCAACUACAGAACAGAGACACUUUUAAAUCUAAAUGUCUCUAACAGACUAAUCCGGUUCAGCGCCUUCAUGUUAGGCUCUGGCAGGUGGAACCUCACCGGGAGCGCCUCAUGUUUUGAAGUACACACGUGUUUUGGUGCUGACGUGACACAUUAUUCAGCCUGGAAACAGGAGAGCCAGGUGCUGAUUCCCCCAUAUGAGGUUUUCAGAGUCACUGGCAUCGAGACGGAUGCACAGAGGUGUGAGGUCUUCUACAGACUGAAGAGCGACCUAAACUGUGUCUACGAUAGGGAGAGCAAUAGGCUGCAUCCAAUAUCUGCGUUACCAGUGGAUGGAUUCUGGGUAAUUUUUAGCAUCACUUGUAUGAUAAUUGUGUCUCUUUCUCUACCCUGUCUUAUUGUGAAAGUGUUAGAAAACAAUAAGAAAACUGCCGUUCACAGUGCUGUAUCUUUGCAUAACGACACAUAUUCUCCUGCUACAGCUGUGAUUUAAAGAUUUAAUUUUAAAUAAAAAUGGUCCUCUGAGCUUUACAGUUGGCAGCAAUCCCAUUGUGGCCUGGGGUAGGCUGACAUUUCUGUGUUUUAAAACUUCAUGCAUAGCAAAAGAGGAAUGUGCUGUUAUCAUUGUUCAUUCCAGCUAAUGUAUACCAUAUUUGCAAUCUGUACAUUAAGGUUGGAAUAAAAUGCUUUGUUCAUAACUGCUGAAAGUUUCAGGCCCGCUGGCAGUCCGUUUCCCCUUUAUCACCAUUCAGUUGAUAAAAUAAUUAAAACAGAAUCUCGCUCUCUUUAUCAGCUCCUUAAGUUUCCUGUUUUGUAUGCGCUGCACGGCCCACUGGUGAGGCAAAACAUCAUUUACGCGAAUGCUCGGCUUCCAUAUUUUCUUGUGUAUUGAAAACUGAGGAAUGUUGCUUCACAAGUUCGUCUUUGUCACAAUCUCACACGCAUUCUUCUCUGAAAUUUCGCAAUCACUCAGUGAGAUACAGUUGAAAAAUUCUGCUCUUUUAAAGUCAACAAACUCAUAGAGGGAGUGAGGAGGUGAAAGACAGCAAAGUUUAUCUUCUUAACUGUGUUGUUUUAGGUGGUGCACAGUUACUCACAGUGUGUUGUGAGCAGGAUUUUGGAAGUUGACGCUGUGGCGCUGUGUGACAAGAUUCUUACCUGCGCUCCUCCUGAGGUGCUAAUGUGCAUGGAAACAUGGAAAAAAUGACCUGUCCUCUUAUUGGCUUAAGAAGUUCGGUCACAUGUGUCCUCAUUUGUAAAUCUCCAUCUAUGAACAAAGUGCCUUAAGAGUGGCCAGAGGAGGGUAAAGGCUAUUUCCUGAGAACUGCAUGUCUCAGCUAGGGAGGGUCUGUCUGUGUGACUUACAGUUUUAAAAUAUGCGUGUGUGUGUGUGUGUGUGUGUGUGUG